AUGGAGCCGUUUAACACCUUGCACGCCAACCAGACGGAACCCUUUAUUCCGGAAACCUUUAUACCAGCAUCAUGGCGAGCAGCCUUCCUGAUCGGCACGCUGGGCAUCGGGCUGCCCGCCAAUGCCUUCAUCAUCUGGCUGACAGGGUGGCAGCUGCGGCGCCGGGGCCUGUCCGUCUUCAUCCUAAGCCUGGCCACCUCUGACUUCCUCUUCCUCUUCCUCACGGUCAUGCAGAUCAUGGAGACCCUGCUGGACGACAACUGGGUGCUGGGCACCCCCAUGUGCCGCCUGCGCCACGUCCUCUACGACUUGAGCUACCACUGCAGCCUCUUCCUGCUGGCCGCCCUCAGCGUGGACCGCUGCCUGCUGGUGCUGCUGCCCCUCUGGUACCGCUGCCACCGCCCCCUGAGGCUCUCCAGCUACAUCUGCCUGGGCGCCUGGCUGGUGGCUGCCCUGCUCAGCAUCAAGGGCUUCGUCUUCGUCAACGUUGUCCUGUAUCCAGAUGGGGUGCUCGCCUGCUCCAACAACCGGGGCAAAUAUGAGUGGCCCCUGCGCCUGCUGGAGGUGCUGCUGGAGGGACUCUUCCCCUUCAUCGUCAUGGUGACCACCCAUGCCGCCACCUUGUCCCGCACCUUCCGGCGCCACACCCGGUCCCCCAGCCAGUUCUACCGCAUCGUGGCCGCCACCCUGUCGGCCUAUGUGCUGCUCAACCUCCCCUUCCAGAUCAUCCAGCUGCUCUUUCUGGUCUCCUGGCAGCACGAGGAGUUCAACUAUCGCAUCUUCCCCUUCAUGGUCUACUUUGGCUACCUGAUCAACCUCAACAGCAGCAUCAACCCUCUCAUCUACAUCUUCUUCGGCUCCAACAUCUGCACGGGCUGCGGCCGCCACACGACCUCCUCCCUUGCCACAGCCCUCACCGAGGAGCAAGGGAAAAGCCCUGGGGACACGCCCAGCAUGUCCUUCUCAGCCUAG